AAACAUCUCCUAGGAAAAACCUAAAGGACCCAAAUUGCCUGUUUUCUUCAAGUCAUCAUCACUCGACUCGAUUUCUCGUCCCGUCUAUAGCACUCUCAACUUCCAAACGCUAGAAUAUGUCUGAACCAGAGCACCAACUGCAGGCCUCGCCUGUGCCCAUCAAAACAGAGCUCGAUACCCUUGACGGCUUCAUGGAAGAGAUCUCCAACUCCAAGACGCCCCUGCCUCCCAAGGUCGUCGUUUUGGCUGACCUUAACGCCAAUCCUCCUGAAACUGACGCCGCCGAUUCUGUCCACCUGUCUGCCCCGGACCUUACUAGGUUAACAAAUGAUGAAAGUCAAGAUAAAAGUAGUAACUUGACAUCCAAAGAUGUGGAUGCUGUGGAAGUUGAAGGUAAAAGAUUGAACAAAUUGGGGAAAUGCCGAUCAAGAAAUAGUAAGAUAGAUGCCUCUCUUGAUUAUGGACCUGAUACGGAUGCUGAUCAGCCUGGUCAAGGUCCUACCUCUUCUCGUGAAGAAAAAGUCAGCAGCCUCAAAACUGGUCUGGUUCAUGUUGCAAGGAAGAUGCCCAAAAAUGCUCAUGCACAUUUUAUACUUGGUCUAAUGUAUCAAAGGUUGGGUCAACCCCAGAAGGCAAUUUUUGCUUUUGAGAAGGCGGAAGAGAUCUUGCUGCAAUGCGAGGCUGAGGUAGCUAGGCCAGAGUUGCUUUCACUAGUUCAAAUUCACCAUGCUCAGUGUAUUCUCCUUGAAAAUUCUGCUGAUAAUAGUUUGGAUAAAGAACUUGAAGCUGAAGAGCUUGAUGAAAUCCUUUCUAGAUUAAAGGAGUCGAUGCAAUCAGAUAUAAGACAAGCAGCUGUUUGGAACACACUGGGCUUGAUACUUCUUAAAUCUGGUCGUCUGCAGAGUGCUAUUUCAGUUUUGUCAUCUUUGUUGGCAAUUGACCCUUACAACUAUGAUUGCCUUGGAAACCUGGGGAUUGCAUAUCUUCAAAGCGGAAAUAUGGAGCUAUCAGCAAAAUGUUUUCAGGAAUUGAUCCUUAAAGACCAAAAUCAUCCUGCUGCCUUUGUUAAUUAUGCUGCCUUUCUUCUUUGUAAAUAUGGUUCAGUUGUCGCAGGUGCUGGGGCAAAUGCUGGUGAAGGUGCUUCUUCAGAUCAGAUUGAAGCUGUCAAUGUUGCGAAGGAGUGUUUGCUUGCAGCAUUAAAAGUUGAUCCGAAAGCAGCACAUAUAUGGGCAACUGUUGCUAAUGCAUAUUACUUGACUGGUGACCAUAGAAGUUCCAGCAAGUGCUUGGAGAAGGCAGCAAAAUUGGAGCCCAACUGUAUGUCUACUCGAUAUGCUGUAGCAGUUCACCGAAUCAAGGAUGCUGAAAGGUCUCAGGAUCCCAGUGAACAGCUUUCCUGGGCUGGAAAUGAAAUGGCUUCAAUUUUGAGAGAAGGAGAUUCUGUUCCAAUUGAACUUCCCAUUGCUUGGGCAGGACUUGCCAUGGUGCACAAGGCGCAGCAUGAGAUUGCAGCAGCAUUUGAAACGGAAAAGGAUGAGUUGGUGGAUGUGGAAGAGUGUGCUCUCUACAGUUUAAAACAGGCAAUAGCAGAGGACCCAGAUGAUGGGGUGCCAUGGCACCAACUUGGCCUGCAUUGUCUCUGUUCCAGACAGUUUGAAAUAGCACAGAAGUAUCUCAAGGUUGCAGUCACUCGAUUUAAAAAAUGCAGUUAUGCAUGGUCAAAUCUUGGUAUCUCACUUCAAUUAUCAGAGGAAUCAUCACAAGCUGAAGAUGUAUAUAAGCAGGCUUUGGCAUUUGCAGCAUCUGAACAAGCACAUGCAAUAUUUUGCAAUAUUGGAAAUCUCUACCGGCAGCAAAAGCAAUAUGAACGUGCCAAGGCAAUGUUUACUAAGUCUCUGGAACUCCAGCCAGGCUAUGCUCCUUCAUUUAACAAUCUCGGUCUUGUGUUUGUAGCAGAAGGUCGAUGGGAGGAGGCCAAGUUCUGCUUCGACAGAGCUCUUCAGACAGAUCCAUUGCUGGAUGCGGCCAAGUCCAACCUGAUUAAAGCGGUGGUCAUGUCUAGAUUGUGUGCAGGGUAGUCUUGUCUCUUCUACAGGAUUACUACUUAAACAAAUCUGGAUGAGGCAGGUAGUUUUCUUUCAAUCCUGAAACAAGGGUCAUGAAAUAUGUGUAUGAGUAGAUUUUCUUGAUAAAAAUAUUUGUCCUUGUAUCACAACGCGUAAUUUUGAAAGGGAGACACUAUUUGUUAUGGUUUUAA